CAGGACAACAGAGAGACAGAGAUUCAUUCAUCCAUCAUGCAAGUCCUUUCCAGUCUGGCGUUGGUUCUGAAGAACAUUUGGACACUCUCCUUCCUCCGGGACCUUCUGUGUGAAUUUGUGGGCACUGCCCUCUUCCUCUUCGCCAGUCUGGCCUCGGUGGUGCUACGGCCCCAGCUUCCAGCCUGGGAUGGUAGCCUCUCCAGUCCCACCAGUGAUCAUCAUCUCCAUGCCUUGUCCUUCGAGUCAGACCCAUCCUCUCUCUCGGACACCCAGCCCCUCUCCGAGUGCCACCCUGACCCCCUGCAUGUGGCCCUGGCGUUCGGGGCCUCUGUGGCUGUGGUAUCUGUGUGCCUGGGUCCUGCUACCUCUGGAGGAGGGGUCCACCUGAACCCGGCUGUGACCCUGGCUCUGGCUGCAGGACUGAGGGUGAGCCCCUGGAGAGCUGUCCUCUACGUGGGGGCACAGCUCCUCGGUGCACUCUGUGCCUGUGCCCUCCUCAUGGGAAUGGUGCCUGCCCCACUCAGAGGGCAUUUGGGGCUCAACGAGGUAGCCUUGGGUGUCCACCCAUGCCAAGCCUUCUCAGUGGAGACAGCCAUCACCUUUCAGCUGGUAGUCUGUGUCCUCGCUACGUCUCGACCCAAAUCAGCCUUCCACCUCCAGGGUCCUGUAUUGGUCGGCUUGUCUGUCACUUUGGGAAAUCUAGUAGCGAUUGGGUACACUGGCUGUGGGAUGAAUCCUGCUAGGUCUUUUGGUCCAGCUGUGGUCACUUUAAAAUUUAAUAACCAUUGGGUGUAUUGGGUGGGGCCGUGUGUGGGGGCGUUACUUGCUGGCCUACUACAUGACCUGGUGCUCCACCCACGAUGGGGUUGCCCUGGCGACUGGUUGGCUGAGUUUAAGGAACUGUUUCCCAAGGAUCCACUUAAACAGCCCACCACAUUGGAACACACAGUGGAGUAGAGAUGGAGGCAGUUCUCUUACCAUUCUUCGACCAUUGACCAAAGGUGACCACACACCAUUCUCUGAUAUCUGACCACUUGCCACUGGUGUACACAAGUGGCCAUGGUAUCUGGGUCCAUCGUUGAGUACCACUGAGUGAAGAAACUCAAAAUGUGUACACAUCUACAGUAUUCAUGCACAUCUACAUUGUAGCUAUGAUAAUAUACUCUGCUGUAUUCUCUGGGAGACUGCGCUCUCCUCUCUUUUCCUGAAUGUACUGGCUAGUUUCCUUUCUGGCUAGUUCUGCGAUAUUUCAGAACUGAACAAAGCACUAAUCCACCAUCUCAGGUUCUUCACAAUCAUGUUGUUUGUCAGCUUGACUUCAUUUUGUGCAUCUUUGUACCUCUCUGAGGUGUCGAACCAUCUGUAGAUGCAGACAAUUUCUAUUCAGACCAAAGCCUAGAUAUUUGUAUGAGUGUCCAAGGUGAUUUCAUUCAGGUCAGUUAAAGUACGGGUACAGUUCUUCAACAAGCUGUGUAAUCAUUCACAUUAUGGGACAGAUCACUAUGAUAUGUGUUUUUAUAUACCACUAUCAUGGGGUUUGUCCUGUUAUACAU